AUGGAGGCGGCGGCGGAGGGCGUCGAGCCGGGCAGCUGCUGCGGCGGCGGCGCGGAGGAACCCGUGGUUUCCUUGGAGGAGGUGCUGGCGGAGAACGAGGAGCUGGAGAAGGAGGCGCGGGCCGUGCUGGGGGGCAGCGACCACGAGCGCUGCAGCUACGCGCAGGGUGCCGUGAAGAGACAGGCGCUGUACGCCUGCAGCACCUGCACGCCGCCCGGCGAAGAGCCGGCGGGGAUCUGCCUGGCCUGCAGCUAUGAGUGCCACGGCACCCACCGCCUCUUCGAGCUCUACACCAAGAGGAACUUUCGUUGUGACUGUGGAAACAGCAAGUUCAAAAAUCUGCAGUGCAAGUUACUCCCAGAAAAGGGCAAGGUGAAUUCAGGAAAUAAGUAUAAUGACAAUUUCUAUGGAUUAUACUGUACUUGUAAAAGACCUUAUCCUGAUCCUGAAGAUGAGAUUCCAGAUGAGAUGAUCCAGUGUAUAGUUUGUGAAGACUGGUUCCAUGGAAGGCAUCUUGGUGCAAUUCCCCCUGAAAGUGGAGACUUCCAUGAGAUGGUGUGCCAAGCCUGCAUGAAGCACUGCCAUUUCCUGUGGGCCUAUGCUGCACAGUUAGCAGUUCCUGCUUUGACCAAAGUAAACUCCCUUGAAGACGAAGGAAUUGCCCUGAAGGUUGAGGAAAGUGAAGAGCAGAAAAAAGAAAUAAAAAAAGAAAGUGGAGUGGAACACCAGGAAAUAAAGGAAGAGAAGCAAAUCGAACAGUUUAAUGAACCAUCCACCAGCUCUGGGGCUGCCUGUCCAGAGGUAGUUGCCAAGAGUGAGGUGCCAGCCUGCAAGCUGAAAGAACUCCAGAGCAAGCCAUUUGUCAAAAAAGAUACUGCCACCUUUUGGCCAUCGAACUGGAGAAGCAAAUUAUGCACCUGUGAAGACUGUUUGAAAAUGUAUUCAGAGCUUGAGGUCCAGUUCCUGACAGAUGAAUGUGACACUGUCUUGGCUUAUGAAAAUAAAGGUACCAGUGACCAAGAAACAGAGAGGAGAGAUCCUUUAAUGGACACCCUUAACAGCAUGAACAGAGUCCAGCAAGUAGAACUCAUCUGUGAAUACAAUGAUUUAAAGACAGAACUGACUGAUUAUCUCAGGAGAUUUGCAGAUGAGGGAACGGUGGUUAAGAGAGAAGACAUUCAGCACUUCUUCGAAGAAUUUCAGUCGCGGAAAAGGCGGCGGACUAACAGGAUGCAGUACUACUGUAGUUAGACUGAGAAGGUUUGGGUCUGACAGGACAACUGGGAAAACAGCAUCCAUUGGCAAACAGAAGAGGCAUCUUCAGUAUUUGGCUUCUUAGCAAAAUACAACUAUCCAAGAAAUGUCUUACUUUUGUCUCAUACUUCCUUCCUUUGUAGUGACUAAAAUGUGUUCUUAACAGGUAUGUUGCAUUUGUAGGGAUUUCAGUACUGAUGGACUUGGUGUUGCUGUGAAAGCUGGCCUUAAGGGGGAGGAUAGCUUGUUACAAAGACAGUGUGCCACUGUGCGUGCCCUCCAGCUUGUCACCUGUUUGACUGUUAGCACCUGUAGCUGUCACUGUACUGGAACCUGGUGGGGGGUGCUACUCCACCCUCCUCCCUUCCUUCUGUGCAGCGCAGGCAGCGUACACUCGGUGUGCUCUCUGUCAUCUCCUAGGGGGCUGCUGAGAACUCCCAACACAGAGUGAGUGUCUGUUCAUUGCACCGAUGGAGGCACAGCUCCUGAAGGGGUAAAGCAGGUGUAUGCUGCAGCCAGGUCUGUUGGGUGGAAUUCCAUUAUAACAUUUGGGUCACCUCAGGUGAACUAAGUAGCACUGCACUUCUCUGUGCUCGCUCUUCACAGGGGAAAUGCUCCCUGGGCAGGUAAAAAGAAAUCAUAGGUUAGGUCUGCCAGAAGAGAAUGUUCCACCUGUUUUUGCAAAUUCAAAAGCUUUGUUUCUAGUAAGAUACAGUGAUGUUUUACACGCAAAAAAAAGUCAUGAACUUUAUCCUGGAUCCUCACUAGCAUAUAAACUGCAACUUAAGCAUUGGAACGAGGAUCAGGGGGGUUUAGGACUUUGAAUGUGCUUUAAGACCUAGUCCACCACAAAUUAUUCUACUUCAUAGAUGUCCCUGAAAACACUGCAGCAUCCUGGUAUUUUGCUAUAGUAUAAAACAACCUUUUUAUAAUCACUGUGAGAAUUGUGGAACAGGAUGUUUUGCUGACUUCUAAAAAAAUCUACACUUAGCUACAAUUAAGUAAGUACUGACUUUUUGUAAGUUUGGAGCCUAAUGUACUUUUUAGUUUUCUUUACCCUGAAACCCUAACAGGUACUUAGAGAAAGUUCUAAUUUUUAAACUCCUGCUUUAUCUACUUGGAGGCUUUCUUUGCCAUGGAGUACUAUUCUGUUUCUAUGUUAAUAACUUUUGAGAAGAAAAUCAGACCUUUCUCUCUCCUUAUCUCUGUUAAUUGUUUCUGACCACUGUAUUUACAAGAGGUAGUCCUAGAGACGCAGCUCAUUAGUUUGUUUCAUGCAAAAUGCCUAGUUGCUUUUAACGCUGGGUAGCACAUGUGCUUUUUUUGGUAGCAACUGUUACAGGAGUUGUAACUGCAUCUCUAAUGACGCCAUCUCAAAAUUAAAUAACUGUUCAAUA